AUGGCUCCAAGUAUAGCGACAGUAAAAAUAGCAAAGGAUAUAGUUCUGCCAUUACGUAUAUUCGUCAAUAGAAAACAGCUUCUUCAAACUAAUGAUAAGGCUAGCAAUAAAUCUAAUCCUACUAUAUUCGAAGCACCAUUGUUGUCAAACAACUCCAUUGUUUGCUUAAAAUCACCGAAUACUAAAAUAUAUUUAUCGCAACAAGAUAAGAAGAACCUGUGUGAUGAGGUAAAGGAGGAUCUGUUAUUGAUCCUUUAUGAACUAGCAUCUCCCGAAAUUAUCAGCUCUGUACUCAGCAAAAUAAGAAUUGGGCAUUCAAUUGAUUUCCAAACUAAUGUUUUGCCCAAACUCUUUGCAGGUGUUAAUACAGAUGAUAUGGUAACUUCACAUAUACAGACCGUAAAAAGGCUGGCUAGAUUCAAAUACAAAUUGCACUACAAACAUAAGUGGGAAUUAGACAUAUUUAUUAAUAAUAUCAAAAGUAUUGCUAACCUAAGGUAUUACUUAAUGUUUCAAACUUUAACGGUGAAUGGUUUCUCAUUAAAUGCAGGUCCCAAAACGUUGUUAGCAAGGAAAAUAGAAAAACAACACCAGGUGGCUAACUUGUUAAUAGAAAAUGAGGACUCUAUUGCUCUGGAUGCACCAGUGGAAGAGGAAAAAAAACCGGUAAUUGAAUACUUGUACAAACCUGUUAUUAAUUUAGGUGAAAUUAUCGAUUUACAUGUGUUGCACAGACCUAGAAGACAUAAGAUGCGUGCCCAGUCGAGCCAACCCCAAGAGGAACAAAGAAAUCAAUAA